AUGAACACGCCGGGUGACAAAAAUGAAUUGGGUGAAAUGUUGAAGGCAUUUAAUAACUACAUUGACCAACAAUUGGCGGAAAAGAUGCUGGAAAUGAAAGAGAAACAGGACACGACUACGAUAACAGAAGCGAAUGCAGAGAUCCUUUUAAGAAGUGAAGAGAUAGAAAAACAGUAUAAUACGAUCAAAGACGAAGUGAAUGAACUGCGAGAGGAGAACGACUUGUUGAGAAAAGCAGUAGACGAUCUUGAAGACGAAAAACUGGACAACCACGAAGUGGAAGACGAACUGGAGAUUCAAUUGAAAAAGAAUAAGGAACUGCAGUCUGAAAUAGAAUGGUUAAAGAAGAAAAUAGCAGUGAGAGAGAAGUUGGAUGAAAAGAAAAAACUGGAGAAGCAAAAUGAAGACGCGGGAUUGAAAGAAAAAGUCGAGAACAUCACACAAGAAAACGAGAAAUUGAAAAAAUGCGUUGAAGAGAACGAAAAGGAAAAGGAACGAAUUACUCAACAAAUUCAGGGUCUUGAAGGAGAGAGAGAAACGUAUAAACAACUUGUGGAAAAGAAGGAAAUUGAUAUACAGAAUUUACUCACAGAAAAUGCAAAGAAGACAACACCAGGGGAACAAGGGAAGACGAUUGAUGUUGAUGAAUAUAACGUUGUUGUUGCUGAGAAAGAAAAGAUCAAGACUAAUAUGGAGAAAAUGAGAGAAGGAAUAUACAGAGAAUUGAAUAAACUUCAAACACAGAAUCAACAAAUUACCCAAGAACUAUUGGGUGGGUUGGAACAAAUUAAACAAAGUACGAAGGUGCUGAUUGAUGAGAAUAAGAGGGCGAGAUGGAUAUUGGACCUCUUAAAAACUGAUGAGAAGGAGAAAAAGACUAAUUGA